GGACUUGUGAGGCUAAGCAACUAGGCUGUUAGCAGUGAGCAGAGUACCGUGGAAUAGUUAAGGACACCGACCAACAGCAGCGCCACAGCUCCGGCUCAUUUCUAGGCUUCGUGUUGGGCUGGAUGCGGUGAAAAUGGCGUCGUUGUUGUUUGAGCUCCUUCUGACCUGAUUAACACCUGUGCUAACGUUAGCCUGUUAGCAACCCUGGUGGUUGGUGGUGUUGUUUACCGCACCAGCCCCCGGUGCUUCCGCUCUGCCCGGACUACCACUGUGCAUCCAGCCGAUUUAAGGACACUCUCGCUCUGACAAGAUGUACCUGGUGGGACUGACAGGAGGCAUUGCCUCUGGGAAAAGCGCUGUGUCUUCAAUGCUGCGGGAGCUCGGAUGCCCUAUUAUUGAUGCUGAUGUCGUGGCCAGGAAAGUUGUUGAGCCGCACACUUGUGCCUAUUCCCGCAUCGUGCAUCACUUUGGGCCAGAGAUUCUGCUCAAGAACGGAGAGAUCGACAGGCAGAAGCUGGGCCAACUCAUCUUUGCCAACGAGGAGAAGAGGAAGCUGCUAAACUCCAUCACCCACCCAGAGAUUCAUAAAGCAAUGCUGAAAGAGAUCCUGCUCUACUUUCUCAGAGGGUACCGCUAUGUGGUGCUGGAUGUGCCGCUUCUUUUUGAAACUAGAAGGCUCACUCGCUUUUUGAACCACACUGUUGUGGUUUACUGUGACCCUGCCACUCAGCUUUCGCGCCUGAUGCAGAGGGACGGCCUGACCCAGGAGCAGGCUGAGCAGCGUGUGGCCGCACAAAUGCCGCUCAAUGAAAAGCGUGGCUUGGCCAAUCAUGUUAUUGAGAAUUCAGGCAGCCGGGAGGACACUCACCGGCAGGUCCUGCGGCUCCACAAGCUAGAGGACUCCAUGGACUUCCUCCUAGUCAGGGUCAUUGCCAUUGUUGCCACUGCAGGUUUGGGUGGGCUGCUGCUCUAUGCUGCAAAGAUACUGUUGUCCCUAACAGAGGAAAGAAAGAUUUUUUUUUCGGGGGGAGGUUAGUCCAAGAUGUGGUCAAAUUUGAGGGUGUGAAUAGAAGCGGGCAAAAGCAGGUCGGCGGUAUUGAUGCAAUUUACUGUGAAAUUAGUUUCACAGCACUACAGCACAGCCAUACGACGGGCUCUGCUGACAGUUAACAUGACUUACAUUACUGACAAAACUUGCACUGGCAAAUGUGGUUUAGUGUGAAAGACUUCUCUGUGAAAUUUAUGUUGGUUUCCCUCAGAGAGCAAAAAAAUAAUAUGAAGGCGAUACUGUCAAGGUUCAGCUGCUGUAUAGCGCCUGCAUUUUUGCUCAGUUAUGAGAGUGAUUUUUCUCAGCUGUGACAGGAGAUCAGAGCGUAAAUGCUGGUAAAUCUUAUUUCGGUGUAGCAGUGCACACACGCUAAACACAACUAACUUAAAAAAAAAAAACAAAUGUCCAGACAGAUUAUUGAAGAACUAAGAGAUUUUAUUUUGUUACACCUUUUACACCAUGUUAGAUGAUCCAAUUUUAGAAAUGUUUUGCUAUUUUAUUUUUUAAAUCUAUAGAGACAUGAAGAGAGCAAAAGAACAAGUGGAAAUCUUGAAUAUCCCUAAUAGAAGUAUAUUAAUUUAAAUCCCCUGUACUACACUAAAUGGUUAAAUAGGAAUGACGUGAUGCUUACAGAAUGUGUAAAGAUUGUGUCAUGAAGAUAUAUGAGAGAAUGUAUUUGACAAUCCAUUUUUGAUGGGAACAAUAAUAUUUCCUAUUUAUCACUGUAUUUUCUUACACUUGAAGUUGUCCUCUGUAAAUACUGAGUGUGGGAUUUUUUUUUUUCUUUGCACCUUUCAACUAAAAUACUACAUUGUAACCUUAUGCUUAACUUAAAUAAAAAUGA